AUGCACCUGAAAACAACGGGACUACCUACAAACGAGUCUACAAUUCAGUGGUCACCCGAAAGUGUAACAUCCGAAUCUUUUCCCUACACCAGCCCUCAGCUCAAUGGUUGGAAUGAUGGAUAUACCCUUAAUCCAUCACCUACCAAUAUGGAGUGGCAGAACCCUUCGCUGAGCCCUCCAAUUUUCCAACAACCAGAGGAGGAAGUUUGGAAUGCCUUCACUAAUCUUGGCUCGCCUGGCUCAUCCGGCUCUGAGAGCUCAAGCCCAAGUGCACUCCUACCGGGCUUUAUCCAACCACUUCCUAUGAUGAUGAACCCCACAACGAUCGAAUUUCUUUAUGUGAACGGUGUCUUUACUCUACCCAACACGCAACUGCAAAAUAUACUCCUGCAAACCUUCCUCGAAUGCGUACUCCCCAGCAUGCCGAUUAUCGAAUGGCCCGCAUUCAUGAAUGCUAUCUCCAACCGCGACACCGAUCAUGGUUCCGUCAGCCUGUUGCUCUUCCAUGCGAUGAUGGCCUCUGCAACAACCUUUGUAGACAUUGGUCAUCUCCAGGACGCCGGUUUCUCAACCAGACAAGAAGCACAGGAAGCCUUUUACAAUAAAGCAAAGCUUCUGUAUCAAUCUGAAUAUGAGCCCAACACCAUCAUUGUUGUACAGGCACUUCUACUCAUGACUUACAGGAUUGAGACCGCUGACGGAGAGGACAGUCGAUACUGGUCUUCUAUCGCAAUUUCAACGGCUCAGUGUAUCGGUCUGUUUCGUGAUGUUUCCGGCGUAAAGAACGUUCGAUUGAACCCCAAAUUCUGGAAGCGACUUGCUUGGACAUGCUACAUUACCGAUUGUCAAAUCGCACUCAGGUUGAGAUGUCGGCCAAUAAUCCAAAAUUCGGUAUUCUGCCACGGAAUGCUCACGGAAGACGACUUCGAUUGGUAUAACCUUUCCGCGGAUAGCCUCGUCCAGAUAUUUGGAUACCCAUUAAGCCAUAGCAUGAACGUACAAAGGGACCUCGCUCUCAUGUGUGUUGCAAAUGCUCAGCUGUGCUCAUCUAUCAGCGAGGUACUAGACCUGCAAAACAAAGAAACAUCUCGCCACGGUUCUUUCUCAUCCUCGUCGCCACAUACGACCCUCACAGAUGCAGUCGACCACGAGACUCGGGUCUCAGUCUGCGAAUCAAAUCUAGCUCAAUGGGCCAGCAAGUUUCCCUCUUCAAUCAAGACAUACCCGUUUGAAUCACCGAAUAUGGAGGACGAGCCGGCAAUCUCCCUACAGAGAGGCCUCCUCCACCUACAAUUCUACACUGCCAUUGCCGUGUUCUACCAAUCACAUCCCCUCCCAUCAUCAAACUUCUGCAUUCCAUACGCUGCCCAACAAAUCACUCAAAUCGCCUCAGAACUAUACCAAAAGAAGCUACAUCGCCGAUUACCCAUAGUGGGUGUGACAGCGAUUCUCGUUGCACUCAUUAUCAGUAUCUCUGAAAUGAAGAAGGAGCCAACCCAGGAAGGCCAUGCCGUUCAGAGUUUCCAGCUGGGAUUGGAAGUCAUGGCUGACCUGCGAGAUGUAUAUCGCGAGGCGAACAGCAUUACUUUAUGGGCCAUGAAGAUGAUGGACAAUAUGCCAUUUGAUGGGGUGUCACCAUAUUCGGAUAGACGGAUGUCUGUGACCAGCGCGGCGCCACAUCUUCCCGGUUUAGACUUCCAGGUCAUGAGUGUACCACAGGUGAUGUAG